GUAAAUUUUAAGGAGUUCUGAUCCUGAUACACUGCCUACGAAAAAAAAAUUAUAAAUAGUAAAAAUAUACAAUUUAUUAAUAGUAACACUAAACAAUUACACUGAUAAUUACAUAGAUAACAAUUCAACACUGGACGAUAUCAAUUAAAUCAUUAUCAUAAAAAAUAUUUUUUAACUCAAACAUCAAUAAAAUUUUGUAAAUAUGUUUUACUGCGGAACAUUACAAAGACUGGGUCAAAAGUACUUUAUAAAAUCUAAAUUUACUUCAAUUUCAAAUUUGUCGAAAAAUUUUUCAACUUCAGGAGUUCAAAAGAUGAGAUUUGUACAGUUUACGAAUAAAAAAGGCGGACCACAACAUCUUGGUGUACAAUUGAAAGCUGGCGGUGACAUUAUUGCUAUUUCGUCUAUAGAUUCUAGAAUACCGAAUAACUUGAGAAAAUUUUUGGAAGGUGGAGAAGUUAUUCAAAAUAAAGCCAAGCGAAUUAUUGUUGAAAGUCGUAGCGUUAUUCCAGAAGCAGAGGUAAAUUUAUUAGCUCCUAUAAAUCGAAUGGACAAAUUAGCUUGUGUUGGCCUUAAUUACAGCGGGCAUUGUUCAGAACAAGGCAUUGAACCACCGACAAGCCCAGUAAUUUUCAGUAAAUUUCCCAGUAAUAUUGUUGGCCCAACAGAUGAUAUCGUACUGCCUUCAAUCUCUGAUAAAGUUGAUUGGGAGGCAGAGUUAGCGAUAGUUAUUGGUAAGAGCGGUAAAAACUUGAGUACUGAAGAUGCCGAAAAUUGCAUCUUUGGAUACACUGUAGCUCAAGAUGUUAGCGCUCGUGAUUGGCAAAAAGGUAAACGUAAUGGCGGACAAUUUCUUCUUGGCAAAGCGAUGGAUACUUUUUGUCCUCUUGGGCCUGCUGUGGUAACUAAAGAAACUAUAAGCGAUAUCAAUAAUUUAUCAGUUCAAACUUGGGUUAACGGAAAACUCAAGCAAGACGGGAACACAAGUGAACUUAUCUUCAAGCCUCGUGAUAUCGUAGCAUUCAUUUCUCAAUUCAUGACUCUACUACCCGGAGAUGUUAUUUUGACGGGAACUCCAGCAGGAGUAGGAUUCACUCGUAAUCCACCAGAGUUUCUUAAGAAAGGCGAUGUUGUGGAAACAGAAAUCCAAUCUAUUGGCCGUUUAGUAAAUCACGUUAAGUAAUAAAAUUUUGUAUAGUAUAGAUAUAUACUACCGACAGAAAGUUUUAUCUUUGUUGUAAGUCAAUAUAAGGUGAAAGACCUAGUACCCAAUAAGGUAAUUAGUACCCGAUUAGUUCUCUGACCGGAUAUUAGUUCCCUGAUCGGUUAUUAGUUCGCUCCCUGCUUAAAAAAUACGAUAGAUUCUUAUGCUGUACGUAUAAGGCCUAAUACUUAACUGUAUCACUUCUCAUAGAACUCAUUCAUUCUUAUAGAAUCAUUAUGGGAAUUUAUUGGAUUCUAUGAAAUUUUCUCAACAGGAAUGAUCGGGUACUGCGUCUCUUACCUCACUAUCGUUUUAAAUUAUUUUACUACAUUUUAAUCAAUCGCAGUGGACCAUACAAUAUAUAAUGAUAAUUCACUAAUGCAUUUAUAUAAUAAUAAGUCAGAGCAUUCCUAAAAUUCAUUGACGAAUUCAAAUCAUUUUGCAGUCGAAUUCUAUUAACUCGGAACUUCCCCUCAAUCUUGACCCCCCUACGGGCUACGCUGUCUCCCACCGAUGCUAUACAUUUGUACUUAUGUUCCUAUGUACUUCAUGUAGAUGAAAGUGCGCAUGCGCUCUAGUUUAUUCUUUCAAGGAGAAAGGGCAUUCGAUAAGUCGGAAUUUCCGCUCCUCCGUAGACUAAAUGUCAAGUUAAUGAAAUUCGGCUGCAAAUUUUCCUAAUCAGAGUAUUACAAAUGCUUCUAAACUUUCUGUCGGUAGUGUACGUUUAUAUAAAUUUAAAAAAUUGUUUUUGAUAAUAAUUUUCUAAAAAGAUGAACAUUUUAUACAGUAUGGUUUUGUGGAUAAAUGGAAUAUUACAUUAUUUUAAUUUUUGUAUUAUAUUAUGUUGUUAUAAAAUAUAAUUUUUAAUAUAA